CUGAGGCUGUGUGUUUUAUACUGCGAUGCGGGUUUUCUGCACCCGUGGCUUCAUUCCCUUGCAAGCUGUACGCGUUUCUGUGAGAAACGAUUCGUUUUCUCCCUUUCUCGUCUUUCCUCAGGGCUCUGUGUGUGACCGGCCGGGUGCCCAGCGGAGCUGUUUGGAUGCAGGCAGGCUGCUUUGGGCUCCGCGUGAGCAGCACGCAGCCACAACGGCGCCGAGCUCCUCCGAGCGCAGCAACCCAAAUCCAGGUGCUGCCGCUCCGACCGCCUCCAGGCGGGCGUUCGCGCUGAGGCGGGGCCCCGUCCCGUCCCGCCUCUUCCUCCCCGGCCGCGGCGGGAAGGGCGCGAGCCCCAUGGAGGCGGUGCUCCGCGCGUGGGGUGCAAACAGCUAUGGACAACUUGGCCUUGGUCAUAAAGAGGAUGUGCUGGUACCUCAGUCACUGAAAGAUGUUUCCUGCAAAUGUCAAGACAUCAGGAGCAUCACUGGAGGAGGGGGACAUUCUGCAGUUAUCACUGGUGCUGGAGAGCUCUUUGUUUGUGGCCAUAACAAAGAGGGGCAGUUGGGAUUGAAUCACACAGAAAAUGUACUCUGUUUUACACUGUGCGCUGCCCUGUCUGGCUUCUGCGUGCAAGAAGUGGCCUGUGGUUGGGAUUUUACAAUCAUAUUGGGAGGAGCUGGUUUUGUUCUGUCCUGUGGGUCCAAUGCUUUUGGGCAACUAGGAGUUCCUCAAAUUUCAGGUCCCUGCUUGAUUCCACAAAAGAUCGAGUCCCUCAAAGAGAAAGUAGUGGGUAUUGCUGCAGGACUGAGACAUGCCCUUGCUGCUACAGAGAGUGGUUUGGUGUUUCAGUGGGGAACUGGCAUGGCGUCUCGGGCAAAGCGUGCGCACCAGGGGAAAACCCUCCCUCUGUUCUGGACUGCAAAGGAACCCUGUGAAAUAGAAGGCCUGGAAGAUGUGAAGGUGAAGAGAGUUGCUGCAGGCUCCUACCACUGUGUGUCUCUUACAGGUGAAGGACACCUCUAUGUCUGGGGUAGCAACAAACAUGGGCAGCUGGUGAGCAAAGAGAUAUUUCUUGUUGAGCCGAAGAAGAUCGACACUCAGUUUUUCUCACAUGAAAAGAUUGGAGCAGUUUGGAGUGGUUGGACUCACUUGGUGGCACAGACAGAAACUGGGAAGGUAUUCACCUGGGGCAGAGCAGACUACGGACAGCUUGGAAGACAUGCAGUGGUUCCUGAUGGGCAGGAGACGUGCACAGCAUCUGAACAAUCCAUGAAGCUGUUUUGUAACAUUCCUAUUUCCUUGUCUUGCCUAAAUGGAGCAUCUCAGAUCGCAUGUGGCUCCGAGCAUAAUCUGGCAGUAGUUGGAACAUGUUUAUGCAAAGGCUUCCAGAGUUACCUUUCAUAAUCAGGUGGAGAAGGCUGGCUGUUUUCCUGUCUCUGGAUGUCAGCUGCUGAAGACUACGGAAAUAUGUACAGGCUGAUGAGAUGGUUUUGCAACUGAUGAUUUGGCAUCUCUGUCACGCAGCUACUUUGCAAGUAUUUUUAUAGGUGUUAGGAAAUGUGGGGUUUCCAAAGGGUCUCUUCACUGCAGUGAUGCUUCCUGGGGACAGGGUGAGCAAGUGUGAGGCAAAACAGUAUCGGAUAGAGGUAUUCUGCUGGCUUAGUAUUUGCAUGCAGGUGUUCAAAAGGGAGUAUGAGAUGAGAGCUUUAUCACCAAGUGUGGUUAUGAAUUGCCUGCCUCCUGCACUUGCUGUGUAUUCUGAGCAGUGCUAGUUCCAGAGGCUCAUCUAGCUGGAGGAUAUUUCUUUCCUUGAAAAGGUAGCAUGACUUCUUGGCCAUGAGGAGUAUCUCCAUGUUCAGCUCAACCCCAACUGAUUUGUUUUAGAACUGACUUCCCAGCUCAAAAUGGAAGAUCAAAUUGCAGAACCCUACAGUGAUGCAGUGACCUGUGCUUGGUUUUACGUGGGCUUUGGAGCUGGUGAGCUUAGGAGUCCACCACUUGCAAAAGUGACCAAGGAUGGAAGGCACAAUGAGAUGUAGGUGUUAAAAUACCUUACAGAGUUAGGCACUCACAUGUUGCUUCACUUACCUUGAGUGCUUGUUCAGGUCCCAAGAAGUUUUUCUUUUGUCUUUGUGCCAAUAUUUCUCUAAUUUAUAAUUCAUUGUGAUAGAAGUUAAGAUUUGGCAGUUAAUUUAAUUAGUACCUCUGAGUGGUGUGAGCUUAACAGAUGGUUGGUAACAGUCCUACAUUUUCUUGGAUGCUGAAACACAAAAGACUCGAUUUUGGUACUCCCCACAGUCAGAAGAGAGUGACAUGCAGAACCCAGCCUGAAUGAUGAGCUGGUUGAAGUUUUUAAUAUUGAACUGCAGAGUUUUGGGCUGAAUUAUAUUUUGAAAAGUCUUAGUUUCAUGUUGUUUUUAAUCUUUAGUACAAAAUAGGUUACAUGUUUCCUAUUCUUCCCCCACAAAACUUUGUAAAAUUGAUGGAUAUGUGCUUCCAUAGCACUAUUAAAUACAUUUUAAUAUAUUCAGAUACUUGAAAAGCUGAACAGAUUUUAUCUUAAUAAUCCAAGCACAGGUAGGUCUUGGAAGACCUUUGAGCUUCAUGAGCCAUCUUUUGUUGGUGUUUUUUGUUUUGUUUUUGGUAAGCAAUGGGUUUGCAAAUUUAUACUCAAUUUUGACUUGUGGAAUAUGACAUUAAACAUGAUCAAGAAGGCUUGGAUACUUCUAAGCUGCUGAUCAUAUGAUUAAUUAGGUAGUCAAAUACUUAGGCAAAUAGUCUCUUGGCUAUGUGCUGCAGUUGUGGAAAAACUGCAAAUGGUUGAUUUUCAUCUGCACUGAGCAUUGUUGCUGAAGUAUGAUUGUUAAUUGUUGUGCUGAUCCUAAUUUAUCUGAUAAUCUUGUUAGUUAUCUGGCAUGUUACAUAAUCUCACAUGACCUCAGAGUAUUUUGAUUGUAUCUCUGAGAAUAUCUUGUUUCUAUAAAUGGAAUUUCUAAUAGAGGAAGUUGCUAUACAACAGAGAUAUUACAGGGAGAAUUCAAACAGAGAAUGAAGUAAUGUAUCUUUCAAGCGGAUUGACUGCAUUAAAAGUGCUCCAACUUAACUCUUUUUUGUUCUCAUAACAAAUACAAAGGCAAGUAAUGCUGUGGCAUCUCAGAGGAGCUAAAGGUCUGAUGGAACAUCAUGUUGAGAGGAGUCAUUAUUUCCGCUAGCUAAAGCUGUGAAACAUGCUUAUUCUCAUUAAAAGUAAUGAGGACUCCCUGUCUUGGUUCUGUAAGUAACUUAACAUCUCUCUCUCUUGCAUUCUGUUGACAGAAAAAGUUUAAGAACAACUGUUCUCAUUCUAGACAGGCCUGUGCCCUGUGACCUGAUGCUGCUGAAGUGAGUAAUGCUUUUUGAACGAACAUAUAUCAACAGAGUAACUGCAUCUUAACCUAGUAGCCAGGAAUUAAUAUAAUUUUUAUCCCAUGAUAAAAAAUCUGGAGCAUGUGGUUAUUGGAGAUGCAUGCAUGGGUGGCAUGGCAGUGAGUAUUCUGUGAAGUGAAUGAGAAGUUGUACCUUGGCUGACAGGACUGGUGGCUUCUUGCAUCUCUGAGCAGAACUGAGAUAUCUUUGUUAAGAGGCUGUGUACUAUUUGUAGCAAUAGGCCAUGUGCAUUUCAGCUGUUGUUAUCAGAUGGGGAGGAUGUGAGUUUCAGGCACGAGUUGUGACCCACAGUGCCCCUGGCAUCUCAGUAAAUGACACCAGUGAAACCUCAGGCAGAACCAGGAGUUUUGUCCCCUGAAAACAAGGGAAUUUUUCUCUGUCAUAAAAGCCCAGAUUGACAGAUGUUAGCAUUAGUAGAGACGGAAGUGAGAGACUUGGUUUAGUAACCACAUAACAAGGAAGUUAGUUUAAUGAGGCCACACAUCAUUUCAUCAUGGUUCUGCUCUAUGUGCAUCUGCAGUUCCCACCAGAAUUUGCUGUUUAAGCAGAAAACUGACAUGAAGUGCAUCUGUUGUCUUUGAUCUUUUGUGGUUUUUUUUGGGUGGUAGGGGGGCUGUGUUUGUUCAUAAUCGAGAAGCUAUUGGAAUAAUGAAGGUACCAGGGGAUGUAAGUCAUAUUACUAAUGUUAGUCACAUUCUGUCUAUGUCAAAUAACGUAUCAAGGACACAGUGUAUUCUGUGUAUUUAUUUAGCUUUAUGCACAAAGUGGUCAGUAAUACCUACCUCAGUUGUCUGCUUCAGGAUCCUGUAGUAAGUUCUUGCUUUGUUAAAUUCAUGCUUUCUUCCUUCUCUCUGUUUUAAAUAGCAUUGUGUUUGUUAGGUCAGAAUUUAGCAGCUUUCUUUGUGUUGUGAUAAUCGUUAGGUGCUUUGGAUUGACAAUUACAAAUGCAGUGUCUCGGUCUUUUGAAAGAAGAUGUGUUCAACCUGGAACAUUCUGACUUACUGCCUCUUGUCUCAUGCCUUCCUAGACUUGUCAUAAUGAAAGGACUUAAUGAGAGAGACUUGGCUGUUGUUCCUGCUGUGUUUUUCUGUGACUUUUUUUGGUGUUUUUUUGUUGUUGUUUUUGUUUUUGGUCAACAGAUACCAUUAGGGCUGCUAUUCCAUUGCUGAUUUAAAAAAAAAAAAAAAAAGUGAAUACCUUUGAAUACAUAUUUUGCAAAAUAGGCUACUGGAUAACAUAUUGCAAACAUGAACAAAAGGGAAGCUGCACCAAACAUUUAUGUUUGUAUUCAAAUUGCAGUAUAAAUAAUUGGAUUUGGGCUUAAACUGUAUUUCAGAGAAACAUACUUCACUUAACAUGGAAAAUGGUUUGUUUCUUUCUGUCAAAAUGAGAAGACUGGCUGCAUCUUUGGCAGUGAAUAAGUCAACCUACUUAGUGUUUUGUGUGUAGGCAGCAUGCAGUUCCAUGAGAUUGCAGUGGGCAAUGAAGCAGCAGAAUUCAAUUUGCAGCAGUGACCUAAGAGGGACUAUUUUUAGUAAUAAAAUAGGUCAGGGGAUGUAGCAGUGCAAACUGAUAAAUGAACAGUUUCCCCUUCACUUUUGGGGCUUUUUUGCUCCAGACUAGCAGCUCUGUGAUGAGGGGAAAAUGCGAUUUGAUGCUGUCACAUGAUCAGUGUUAGAAUUCUUCUGUUGUGAAGCAGUCUCAGGAAAAGCUCCUCAUUUUAUUUUAGUGGUAAAAUAUUAGAAGUACUUUGCUUAGGGAUUCGUGGAAUGCAAAACAGGCUAGAGAGCUGGGUGGUCUGAACCCAUUCCUUAGAAUUGCUCUUAGUACUGUUGGAAACAGUGUGUUGUCGUGUUGGCCCUGUGACAAGCAGUUUUUGCUUUUCUCUACUAGCUCUUCUUAUGUUUUUUUUAAAAUUUGCUUCCAGUACCACUUAGCAUGAGUUACAGAGUCCUCCUGCAGUGUCAGAGAUGAGGAACUGCUUUAUUCCAUACCUUUGAGUCUUUGGGUAAUUUCAAAGAAUUGUGCAAAGGAUCUGAUUGCCCAGAAGUUCUUGUGUAACAGAGCAAUAUGAGUCUACAGUAUAAUGAAUUGCAUUUCCAUACUCAUUUUUUUCUGAAAUUGCAUUUCAGUGCAGAUGAAAGCACUUUCUGAUAGUUUAUAUGCACUGACAUAAACUAUUUCAUUAGUAAUUAGUGGCAUGGAAGAGUCCCUGGAAGCUCUAGUCAUGGAGCAGAGCAUGUUGGUUCCAUAUAAACAGCAGAAAUACCAGAGUUAGGCUUGAUCCUAAAGAUUUAUUUUUUCCUGGGAAAAAAAGUAAAAAUAAAAAUGAGAUCUCCAGUGCUUCCUGCAGCUCAUUCACUAUCAGGGUGUCACUUCACAUAACAAAGUACAGUUCCAGGAUGCUCUGGUUGUUGCUGGAGCUGUCUCCAGGAAUCAGUAAGCCCUGUUGAGUUGUGCUGGGCUGCCCAACUCUCUUGCUUCAGAACUGAGCAGAUACCUCUCCAGAGGCUGCUUAACGCUGUGUGAAUGUACAGGCCUGCACUGGUUCCCAUGUACCUAUUCCUGCCUUACACUGUGUCCUGAAGCACUGGUGUGGCUGUAUGAUUUGGGGAGGCAUACCCUUAAAUUUUUUCUUACCUUCAUCUCCCAUCCUUGCAAAAUGUGUUUAAUAUUCAGAUCUGUCUGGUGAGGGCUGUGAAGAUGUACUGUUUAGCAGUGUUCUGAUAGUGCUUAAAAUUUCAUGGAUAAUAUCACUUUGAUAAGGAAACUAUAUUAGUGUUGAUCACUGGCAGAAAAAUUUUAAGCCUGUCUGACCUUGGUAUCUUUUUUUUUUUUUAGUUCACAAGUUCUGUAUUAUCUUCUAGUAUUAAAAAAGUGAUUUAACAGCUUAAUAAUAUGUGUAUCUACUUGCUGUAUUUUCCUACAGUCAAGAUCUGUUUUUGUAUUGCAAAUAAACACUGCAUGCCUCAGCUAUCAAGUGACAUGGCUUUUCAGUGGUUCUUUGGGAUUCGUUUCAAAAGUACAAAUUCCGGUGGGAUCAAAACAGUGGAGAUACUCUCAGGAACACUAAAAAUUGGAGGAGACUUUUAGUCACAUUCCAUAAUUAGUGUCAUGUGAUGUGCUUCUAAGGGAGAUCUUUUGCUAUCCUGCAUCUUCCUUUGAUCUAAAAGGGACGGCAAUUCUUUUUUCUUGUUAACCUUGUUUUGCAAAAGAAAACUCAACAGUAACGUUGCAUAUUAGCUCAGUUCUUUUGUCUUUCUCCCCAUCCAACUUGUUGUGGGUUUCAUGGCACCUCACCAUCUCUGUAUUUGGGGGAUAUGGAGUCUAAAGGGCACUGUCUGACAAUACAGCAGCGGGAGGUCUGGUGGAGAAGUCAGCCCUUUCAUGAUAGCACUCAGUGUAUCUUCAGAUUGAGUCUAAUUCCAGUCUCUUUCUUUCCAGAUAAGUGUAAGUAGAGUUUAAAUUUUGGAUCAUCUGGCCACAGCAUGGUCUUGCUGUGCCCAAUAUCAAGUGGGCAGCCUUUGUGGUCUGGCUAACCGCUCCUCAGCAGUGCUGGGGAGGAAAUAAGUUGGCAAAGCUCAUGGUCUGAGGUAAAGACAGGGAGACUGUUUACCAGGAGCCUGGUAAGAUUUGGUCUGUGCCCUGUGAGCUGGAACGGGCUGGGGCAGCCUCCCUGCUGCCCUACUGACAGCACCAGGUGCUGAGCUGGCAUGUAAGUCCAAAGAAGUACCAGAGCUGGUGUCUGAAGCAGCUGUGCAGCGAGGUGGAUCACUACAGUGGUAGCCUCCUUCAUGGUUCAUCCCUUUUCGCCUAUGGUACGUGGUCUUCUCUGGGGGGCUAAGGGGAGUGAUCUGAUGCUUUUCAUCAAUAUUAUCCCAUGUACAUCGGUAGUAAAAUUGUAGUCUGACCUUUCCAAGCUAAGGUUUCUGUUGGAAGAGGAUGCUGUGGGCCCAUGGUGUGGGGUAAUGUUCUGUACAUUGCUGGGAGUGUGAGAAGACCUGCAAAAUUAAUAUGCUAGCAGGAAAAUACAAAAUGCAUCCCUGUUCUUCCUUCAGGCUCGGAUGCUUCUCAGGGUGUUUCUGUUGUUGCCUGUCAUUCUGAGGUGUAUUGCCUAAAGGAGGCAACUUGUUUGUGAAGGCAGACAAGCAGCAAUGUGUGGCUACAAGAGUAGCCAACUGUGUCCUCCAUACCAAACCACAGUGUCCUGAGGCGAUCCUUGUAACUGAUGCUUUUGCUGUGCCUAAGCUGGGAAAUUCUGUGAUGAACUCUGAGGCAAGUGUGGGUGGAUUUGCUGAUAGUAAGUUAUUCAGAAAACAGUUGCAUAUUGCAUAACUUAGUGUUUUCGGAGCAGGCUGGUUGCAGUGGGGUGACCACUGUUAGGGUCAGAAAACCUACAGGGCAAACCCUAGUGCAGCAGCAAGUGCGUUGGCAUGCUCAACGCAAGCAGUCACUGUUCAGGGAUCUGUUCUAUGUUUUAUCUCAGUUAGUGAGUUCUCAGGGCUUUGUCCAGCAUAUGUGAAGCUGCUCUGUUGAUAUUUGAAGUGUAUACAUAACUUCUGGUUUUCUUUGCUGGUUCUGUUGAUUCACACUCUAUUUUAAGACAACCGAAAAAAGUUAUUUCAAAUUCUGUAAGUUUGUUUUCAGUGCAAGAUCCAUGUCAAUAAUACCACAGGGAAGAUUUUAAAAGAAGCACUAAGGUGCUGUGUUUGCAUUGAGGCCUGUUUUUUCUCCCUUGAUGUUUGGAUUUGCACACCUCAGAGUGUACGUGCUCCACGUGAUUUUAAGCUAAGGUACAGAUGUGUUCCCUUUCUAGAUGUAGUUCACAGGCUUCUUGGGGCAGACAACAUGCCUUUUAUUUUCUCCUGUAUUAGUACAGGGCUGUAUGUGGCAAGAUCUUGGUUCACAUUUGAAUUUGUAGAUGCUGACAUGACAGUGAUAAAUGUGGGUAAGUGUGGACUUGCAACUUGAUUGCAGCAGUGUCAGCACAGGUGGAAGCUAAGCUUUGCAAGUUUGGCCAAGAAAUGGUAUAUCAAUUAUGAAUGAGAGCACACGUGUUUUGUUACAGACAGGGAGAGUUUUGGCUAUUGUUGAAAUUAUUUGGGAGGAAGAAAAUUGGUUUUAUUCCCAGGUUUAGAGGUGACUUGAAAGGAUUUAUGUCAGAUUAAAGAUCUUGCUGUGCAGAGACUUUGAUUAAUAGGUUCACUCAGAAAUCAUAACGGCA